AUCGAAACUGAAACCCUAAGCCGCGGGAAAAAUCGAAGGCAUUAUUGGCGGGAAACAAAAAUCAACACCACAAUCCCUUUUUCUAAUUUAUAUUAACUUCAUUUUCUCAAAUCGUUCUCACUCCAGCAGUUACUCUUCUCUCUCGUUUUCCGAUUUCUCUUUCUAGGGUUUCAAAAAUGUUCUCCAGCUCCCAAUUCGAUUCCUCCAACGCCUUCUCCGGCGGCGGAUUCACGUCCUCGCAACUCAAUGAAACUUCUCCGGCACCGACUAAGAGCCGCGAUUCUCAGGGUUUGAUUCCGGUUACAGUGAAGCAGAUCAGUGAAGCAGAUCAAUCUGGUGAUGAAAAGUCCAAUUUCGCAAUCAACGGUGUCGAUCUCACAAAUGUGACCUUGGUUGGAAUGGUGUAUGAGAAAGCUGAGAGGAACACUGAUGUUAAUUUUGUUUUGGAUGAUGGAACUGGGCGGAUCAAAUGCCGAAGAUGGGUUAAUGAGUCUUUUGACACAAAGGAAAUGGAGGAAGUAUUGAAUGGCAUGUAUGUUCGUGUUUAUGGGAACUUGAAAAGCUUUCAAGGUGUAAGGCAGCUUGGCGCCUUCUCUGUCAGGCCUGUGACAAAUUUUGAUGAGAUCCCUUUUCACUUCAUCGAUUGCAUACAUAACCAUCUCCGUACCAAAGUUAAGUUGGAAGGAACCCCUUCUGCAUAUCCUCCAUCAAACACAUCUAUGAACACUACUGUCAAAAGUGCAUUGAAUGGAUCUCAGGCACAAUCCAAUCCGGGAUAUACACAAUAUAGCACUGAUGGACUCAAGGAUUGUGAUAAAUUAGUGAUUGACUACCUGCAGCAGCAUUCAAGCAUGUUAGAUGAAAGGGGAAUCCAUGUUGACGAACUAGCAAGAGAGCUCAAGCUUCCAUUGGACAGGAUCAAGUUGUCUGUAAAAGCUCUUGAAGAUGAUGGUCUGGUAUACUCCACCAUAGAUGACUCCCACUACAAACAAGCUUGAUCUUUUCUGUCAUCGAAUGAAUAUAGCUGAGGAUUGUGCUGGUAUAAUACAAGUACCACCAGUGAUAUCGGUGUUGAUUUGUUUUGAUUCAUAGGUUGAUGUAGAUAUUUUCUGGAUCAUUAUAUCUAUUAUAUGCUAAAAGACCGUAUGAAUCUUGUUUGUUAACUAAACUACCGAACACCUUAAAUGAUCUUAAGUCUGAAUUAAAAAUUUAACAUCUAUUUCUUGAA